CCUAGGUUUCGGUGUGCUGCUAAAGUGAUGGAGAAAAAAUUUGUCUCCGCAUUCAAAAUUAAUGGUGUUCCCAUUCUACCUCCUUUGAUUAAUGAUGAAGUACGUGCAAUGAUAAACGAUAGUCGGCAAAAAGCGAUAGAGAUCGAGCGUAGAAUUUUCGAGGAAACGAUCACAAACAAGGCUGAUGAUGAUGAUGAUGAUGAUCCUUUGAAAAAGCAUGAGAACGAGCAGCUACCUACUGAAAUGGUUGACCACCGGAAUGGACACGACGAUCACGAUCAAUCAGAACAAACACCAGUAGAAGGAUCAUCACUCGGUGAUGACGAGGCGCCGACGGUCAUUUGUGAGCCAGACCCCGAAGUGAUCGCAGAAGAAGCGCAUAAAGUGGAUCAUGUGGAGCCAGAAAUCGAUCAGCUCGAUUCAUGUGAAACAAUAAUGGAAGAAAACAAUGACCCGUGCGAUCCAAAGCAGGUGGCACUAUCCUUAACACGCACAGUAACUCCAACCGGGUUGGCGGAGCAGCUCCCCUGGGUGCCUUUAGUUCGCUGCAACACGUUCGAUCUGCAGAAACCCAGCAUCGAUUUGAAAAUGCUACAGAGCGUGCAGCACUCUACGCCCGUUGAUCGGUCCAAGAGUGUGCGGCCACUUGAUCCGGCCAAGACGCCGCAGGAGGAUCAAAACGAAAAAACUACUCAAAUCGAGCGCUUGUCCAUUGAUCUAGUAGAGGGUAAGAGUAUCGCUAAAUCUUGCGAAAGUGCCCCAACAUUGUGUUCCAAGCAGAUGGACCCAUCACUGCCCCGUAUUGUAGCAACACUUGGUGAGCCAAUAUGUAAUCUCAAAUCAAUAGCAAUAGAGUCUGUUCCGUUGAAAAAGGUUUCGAAAGGUAAAUCCAAAUCGCGUUCUCGUCGUAGCAGCAAUUGCUCGGGCUCGUCCACGUCCACCGUCAAUUUGAGCGUGGAAAGCAUUUCCAAUGCACUUUCGGAGCACGAGAAACGCAUGAAGGAGUUGUUAAAGCGCCAGGAAGAAGAACGCAUGCUGCUGGAGAGAAAAUUCCGUGAACAAACCGAGGAACUAGUGGCGCUCUGUGCCAAAGCCACGAUCAACGGAAACCCUCCAGUUUCACUGGAGUCUAACGGUGCAGCUGUGCUAAAGACUAGCUCCACCGUAAGCAUGUUAUCACUCUGCGAUAUUUCGUACGAUUCGGCCCCUGAUACGGAUACAGACGCAGCUUAUGUUACGUGCAACAACAACGGAACAUCGGACGAGCUGUUGAGCGGAAUCGAGGAACCGGCCGCAAACACCAUCGACACAAAUGGUAAUGGUGGCAGCCAUAGCAUCCCGUUAGAAGAUUCGCUGCAAAGAGUGCAACGUGCCGCUAUCAUCAUCAACGCCUAUGCAAGAGGAUACUUAACCCGUCGCCUCUUCCAAACCAGCGAAGUGCAAAGCAUCAAACAGACGAUCGUCGAUAUACUAACGUUUAUUGUAAAUUCGCGCAACGGACAGGGAGACGAUCUCGAUGCAUCGUUACGGCGCAACGCCUUCAAACACAUUGCCUUCUGUCUCGAUCGUCUGCACGACGUGUUUGUCAACUAUACGCCGCAGCAGCGAAUGCAGAUGAUCCGGCGAGACCGUUACCUUAAACGAAAGGAAGCAGCGCUUCCACGGACAAACUAAAACCAAUGAACCUGA